CCCUCAGCAUUUCACCGUCCUCGUGCCCCAGUGCUCCCUGCUGUAGCACCGGCCCUCGCUGCCCGCCCGGCGCCCGUCCCUGUCGCCCAUCCAAUUCCCAUGGAGGUAGACCGGGCCCGGCUCCGUGGUGACAUUCGACGCACCUGCUUCCGCUGCGGCAGUCCGGGUCAUCUUGCCCGUGACUGCCCCACCCCAGCGGACAUACAUCACGCUGAUGUCCUUGACGAGGUCAUCAAUCAGCUGGGGAGUGAUCUGCUUUCCGAGUUGGUUGCUCGGGUCGCGACCACUGCAGCCAUUGCGGAUCAUGCGUCCAACGUCGCAGCCGAGGAGGAGCGGGGUUUUCUCCCCAGCAACGAGUGA